GCCCAACUGUUUUUGGUGACGAGCCCGCGGUCGCAAACUAAGUACUUGGGAAAGAUAUCCUCUAUCUUUGCGAUCCACGACAAUUCUGAGCAUUUUAAGUUCGGAGGUUAAACGGCAUGGUGUUAUAAAUACAAGGAUUAAAAAUCCUUUUAUAAGAAGCCAUGGAAUGUGGGUCAAUCGAAGUCCAACUGCACUUCCACAAUGCUGAUGGGUACCCUGUGGAGAUAUAUGGUGAUACAGAACACAAGUCCUACAUCAUCCGAGUGGAAACUAGAGACUUAUAUAAUGAUGCCAGCAAUCCUGCCAAGCAAUCUGGCAUCAAUGAACAAGUUAAGCUUAAGGUUCUAGAGGGAUUUGACUGCUUAGAGGCUUCAGGGGAGGACAGUGAGCACCAGCUAACUGAUGCAAACUUUCUCACAUUCUCCACAAUGACAAAAAAUCUGUCAAACUUGGCUCUUUGUAUUAGCAUAUUCACUCCUGGCCAUACUAGUACCGACCCUACCCUGGUUGGUAAAGGCUAUGUCACUGCUGCAUACUUGACAGGCAGUAUAGGAAGAAUCACAACAACAAUCAACAACUCAACAGGAUUCCCCAUUGGACAUGUUAAAGUUGGUUAUGUCCUGGUGAGGGCGUGGUCACUUCCAGAAGGCGCUUCUUAUCACCCCUCUGAGUCCAUUGAGAAGAGCAUGUCUGGCCCGUUCUUGUGUGGUCACAGGGGAGCUGGCGAAUCUUUUAAUACUACAACACCUUCAGAAUUUCCAGAAAAUACAAUAGCGGCAUUUAAAGCAGCAAAAUCGCUGGGUGUUCACUUUGUAGAGUUUGAUGUCCAUGUGACCAAGGACCAUGUGCCCGUCGUAUUUCAUGAUGACACAGUCAAGUUAUCCGUAGAGACUUCAAAUCAAAAGUUUGCCAUUGAUUUUGAGAUCCCGGUGAAAGACCUCACAUUUCAACAGACAAGACAUGUUAAGGUCUGGCAACGAAGUGUAGUUUUGGACGAUCCGGAAAAUGACAGCGUUAUAGAUGGUUUUACAGACAAGGUUGUUGCCGAAAAAGCUCUCUUCAAAGACCCCUUGAAAAGACACCACGAAAAAAGUUUGUUCCCGACACUCAAAGAGGCGUUUCUAGAAGUUUCAAGUGAAACUGGGUUUUUCAUUGAGGUGAAAUACCCUAUGGAGACCACGGUCAGCGGUAACGUGGACCAUCUCUGCACUGACGGUAACAUACUCGUAGACUCCAUCCUUAAUGUUGUAUUCGAGAAUGCGGGCUCAAGGAAGGUCUUCUUCAUCUGCUUCGACCCUAAUAUCUGUACUAUGUUAAAACUCAAACAAAACCGCUUCCCUGUAAUGUUCUUGUCUUCCUGUGAAAACGACCUAUGGGUGCCAUAUAAGGACAUGCGAACCCGCAAUAUAGCGUCAGCGGUAGCGUUCGCCAAGUCCCUUGGACUGGAUGGGUUGUCGCUGUUCUCCACAGCCUUAAUGCAGGCUCCAGCAGACAUUGACAGGGUAAAGAAAGAGGGCCUCACGCUAUCAACGUGGGGUCAUGAGAACAACCAGGCAGAGAAACGACAAUGGCAGCACGAGAAAGGAAUCAGAUACAUUACAUUAGACAGGGUUUGUGAUCUGUUGUCCUGAUGAAUGGAUGGUCAUGGAUGGCCUCAUGGAUGGUCCGAUUACUGGACUGUGAACAAGGUCCAAAAUCAGCACACUCAUAUUCUCAUCUUAUUCUCAUAAAUCCUUAACGAGAGCACAUAUUUUCAUAUUUAUAAGGGCUAGAAAAUGACUGUAAUGCUUUUUUCUAAUUCUUUAUUUCCAAAGCAACCUUCCAUUUUUUAAGACUGUGAAAUAAAUACAAUAAACUUUUCAUAAUUUACUCUGAAA